AUGUCUGAGGCUAACAGCACUGAAAAGAGCAGGUCCAAAAACCCUAGAGACGAUUCCGACGAUAACAGACGGAACGCAUACAGUAUUCAUAAGAAAAGUCAAGAAAAGAUGGGACCCACAAGUGUUUACCAGUAUUCCCAGGUUUUACAGCUAGAGCAUGCUGUAACAAACUUUUUGGAAUAUUUCAACAAGAUCAUACAGCUCUCUCCGAAUUACAAAGUUUAUCUGGAAAACGUCGAUACCUUGCAAGACACCAGUGUUGAAAUACUGCCAGCGAUGUUGAGACAUAAACUUAAGUGUGCAGCGGAAUUGGCGUCCCUGAAUGAGCUUGGAAAGCUGCCUCUGCUGGAUGAACUGAAUAGCUACGAGGAAAAGUUUUCAAGUGAGGAUAGAAAACCGAUUUUGAAAGAACUCAGGGAAAAGGAUGUAAAGAAGCUCUCUGCUUCGGUCAAUAAUGAAAUGGUUCAGCACUGGAGUGAGGUUUCGAAAAAGUCCCAACAAGAUCAGGAAGAAGAUGAAGAAGAAGAUGAUGGGUAUGAACCUGACGAGACUAAGAAAAAAUGGCCGCCAAAACUACCGGAAAUCAAAAAUUCGGCUAUCAAAGCACGCGUCUUUAUUCACAAGUCUAUCAUCAACGAUAAGCUGUAUCUAUCCGAACAUGAUAUGAUCAAGGCCCAUAACGAGCGACUAGAAUUUCUCGGUGAUUCUAUUCUGAACACAACCAUAACCAUGAUUCUCUACAAUAAAUUUCCACAUCUCAGUGAAGGCCAGCUAUCCAAACUAAGAAUGAAGCUAAUCAGUAACGAACGUCUUAAAAGGUGGUCUUUCCUUUACAAAUUUAACGAAAAACUGAGGACAAACAUAGACAAAAAUUGCGAGACAAGUGAGUUCAAGCAAGGCAAACAAAAAUUGUACGCCGAUGUUUUCGAAGCUUACAUAGGUGGUCUGCUGGAAGAUGACCCCAAACACAAUUUGCCCAGGGUACGGAAAUGGUUGAGUAAACUUGCAAUGCCUGUUAUUGAAGACGAAAUAAAAAAAGACGAUGACAUGGACCUUCUGGAAGUCGACGUCAACGCCAAGAAAACCCUUUAUUCAUUAAUUGGCUAUGCUGCUUUGAAUUUGCACUACAAACCUGUCCAAAAACCUUCAUUUGAGAACCCUGUUGCAAUGGUAGAAUGCCGAAUCAAAGAUGGGUCAGUUUUAGGUGUUGGCAAAGGCCGAAACAUCAAGAUAGCAGGUAUGAGAGCGGCCCAGCAAGUAUUGCUCAAUAAGCCUUUGAUAGAAAAAUACGCGGGACUUAGAGCAGCAGUUCCUAGAGCGGAUUCGGUGGUUAAGACAUUGGCGGGCAGCAAAAGGCCUGCUUUGGGGGACGACGAACUCGAUGAAGAAAAUUUGGAUACCUAUUCAGUCAAAAAAAGUGAUUACCAUUCUAAGGACCGACAGCAAAAUGCAUCAAAUGCAUCAAACGGUCGAAUAAUGCCCAACGUGGACGGCUCCCUGAGCCUUAUGUAA